AUGAAUUCAUUGAAAUCUUUAACAUUGCUAUCGCUCGCCAUUGGAUUGGCUCGGGCACACAGUCAUAACGGCGGCGCACAAAAACCAUUGGUAUCAUCGAGCGAUUAUACUUGCCAACAUCCAGCAUAUCAGAGCCAUAUAGUAUCCAAAUCGCCGUUAGUCAUAUAUUCAGCAAAUUUCAUCACAGCUGAAGAACAAGCGCAUCUCCGGGAGAUAACCAAAGACACUUUCUCCCACUCCGCUGUCGCUGAUGCAUCCGGCGCCCAAGGGCUAAGGCAGACGCGAACUUCGCAGUCAACCAACGUGCCGCGCGACGUCGUGGUUCGGUGCAUCGAGGAGCGAGCGCUGUUAUUCCAAGGCUUUGACGUGCCACGGACGCACCUUGAACCCCUGCAGCUGGUUAAGUACGGCCAGGGAGAACGGUACCAUUUUCAUACCGAUUGGUACACGAACGCAGCGCAUGCGACCUCUGCGCUAGGUGGCAACCGGCUGAGCUCCUUUUUCGCAUACGUCGCCGCCUCGGAAGACAUCACGGGCGGCGGUACCAAUUUUCCUAUGGUGUCUGCACCCCACGAUGAGCGUUGGUGCGAAUUCGUCGACUGCGAUGAGCCGUGGGAGAAUGGAGUUACGUUCCGUCCUAUCGUUGGCAACGCGGUCUUCUGGCAGAACUUGCUCGAAGAUGGUACGGGGGAUCAGGCGACAUUGCAUGCUGGUCUGCCAGUUACUAGUGGUUCUAAGAUAGGGAUGAAUAUUUGGACGAGGCAAGGUCCAUUGGGCGAAGAUAUCAGAGGACCAGAUGUUUAG